UCAUUUUCGUUGUGCGAAUGCGUCCCGGCGAAAUAAUAGACGGGAAAUAAAUAAAGCAUUUUUUUAAAGCUAUAUAAUUUUGAAAACAAUUUCCAAAUUUCAAAUUGUAUAGACGGCUGUUUUGUUAUUUGUUUUGAUAUUUGUAGUAAAGACACUUUGUUAGGAAGUUCAAUGCAUAAUCCAUGAUAAUCUUGGAUUUAAUUUGAUUUGUGAGAUUUCAAAAGUGUAAGUUUGUGUAAAGUGCUCUUUUGAUAGAAACGUGAAUUUGACGGCACAAACACUUCGCCAUGGCUGAUGAAGACGCACGUAAACUCCAGUACGAGUACAAAGCGAACUCCAAUUUGGUGUUACAAGCUGAUGUCCGUCUUAUUGAGAAAGUCAAGAGGGAUGACGCCACCGGAGAAGUUAUGUCCCUUUCCGGGAAGCUCCUUGGCACCCGGAUGGGGGAUCGAUCUCAGCGGACGAAACCAGCCAAAACGGAGGAGCGGAAGGCGAAGCGUAUCAAGCGUGACGAGGCGACGACCUCUGUACAUAAGUUGAAGGGGAGUGGCUCCGUCUGGGAUGACGAAUAUAUUGCUGGAGAUUUUGGGGGUGGAGCCAUUCUGUACAGACCAAAAACCCAAGAGACGAAGCAAACUUAUGAAGUUUUGUUGAGCUUUAUACAAAAUGCUAUCGGUGACCAGCCAAGAGAUCUAUUGUGCGGAGCUGCAGAUGAAAUUCUAUCUGUGCUGAAGAAUGAUAGGAAAAUGGAUAAAGAUCGCAAGAAGGAGACGGAAACUCUGCUUGGUCCAGUUUCUGAUGAAAGAUUCGCCCUUUUAGUCAACCUUGGCAAAAAAAUUACAGAUUUCACUACAAAGUCGACCACUGGUGAAGAGAAUUUGGAUGACAUGCAUGGAAUCAACGUGCAGUUUGAUGAUCAGUCGGAGGAUGAAGACGAUGAGGAUGUUUAUGGAGAGAUUAACGAAGACGAGGUUGAUGACCAAGAAGGAGAGGAAGCUGGAGACACGUCAGCUAUUCAGGCGCAACGUCUCGUUGAAUAUGAGACAAAGGCAACUUCAGGAAAGAAGGAUAAACGAUUACAUCCGCUGGACAUUGAUGCUUAUUGGAUUCAGAGGAAAUUAUCCAAAUAUUACAAGGACUCGAUCACUUCUCAAGCCAGGGCAAAGGAUGUUGUCGAAAUUCUACAGACUGCUCAGGACGACAGAGAUUUCGAAAAUCGACUCGUCCUCUUACUUGGAGUUGAUUGCUUUGAGUUUAUCAAGAUUCUGAAGAAGCACAGAUUUAUGAUUUUAUACUGUACUCUGUUGGCCACUGCACAAACGGAGAAGGAAAAAUUGUACAUCAAGGAUAAAAUGCGUCAGGAUGCAGAUUUAACUAAAAUUUUGAGCCAGAUUGAAACUGGAGAAUCUAUUGAAGAUCCGUCUGGCAACUCGACAAUGUCAACAAGAGACUCUGCAAAAGCUGGAGCUAUUCCUGGUUCAAAUAUUUCUGGACAGGUCCCCGGAUCUCGUAAAAUGUUAGAUCUAGAAUUGAUGGCUGAAAUGUUCAAGGAUGGCUCGCAUUUUAUGUCAAACGACAAAUGUCAACUUCCUGACGGUUCUUUCCGGAAACAGAGAAAGGGAUAUGAAGAAGUUCAUGUUCCAGCUUUGAAGCCUAAAACUUUCGGUGCAGAGGAAUCUCUGAUUGGAAUAGAUCGACUACCACACUACGUUCAACCAGCGUUCGAAGGAUUUAAAAGUUUGAAUAGGAUUCAGUCUCGUAUUCAUAAGGCGGCUCUUGAAAGUGAUCAGAAUCUUUUGAUUUGUGCCCCCACUGGAGCUGGUAAAACUAAUGUAGCAUUACUCACAAUGAUGCGAGAAAUUGGAAAACACGUAAAUGCGGAUGGAACCAUUAACGUUGACGAAUUCAAAAUCGUCUACAUUGCUCCAAUGAGAUCUUUAGUACAGGAAAUGGUUGGAAGUUUUACGAAGCGUUUAUCAUCCUACAAACUGGUCGUUUCUGAACUGACGGGAGACACGCAGCUUAGCAGAGAUCAACUCAACGCUACGCAAAUUAUCGUUUGCACUCCCGAGAAGUGGGAUGUCAUCACACGAAAAGAAAAUCGAAGUAUUACCUCCGUCGUUCGUUUGAUUAUUAUUGAUGAAGUUCAUUUACUUCAUGAUGAACGAGGACCUGUUUUAGAAACGGUUGUUGCAAGAGCCAUGAGAUCCGUUUCUCAAGAAGGAGAUAUUCGCAUUGUCGGAUUGUCUGCUACACUUCCCAAUUACAAAGAUGUGGCCUACUUUCUCAAGGUGGACUUAUCGACUGGACUCUUCUACUUUGACAACAGUUUCCGUCCCGUCCCUUUGGAGCAACAGUAUAUUGGAGUUAGCGAGAAGAAGGCGCUCAAGCGAUACCAACUCACAAAUGAAAUAGUUUACGAAAAAGUGAUGGAACACGCAGGAAAAAAUCAAGUCCUCAUAUUCGUCCAUUCUCGUAAAGAAACUGGGAAGACGGCCAGAACUCUAAGGGACAUGUGUUUAGAGAAGGACACACUUGGCCAAUUUCUGCGAGAGGGGAGUGCGUCCAUGGAAGUGCUCAGAAAAGAAGCCGAAGAAGUUAAGAAUUCAGAGUUGAAGGAUCUGCUUCCCUACGGAUUUGCAAUUCAUCACGCUGGUAUGACCAGAGUGGACCGUACCUUGGUCGAGGACUUGUUUGCGGACAGGCAUAUUCAAGUUCUGGUGUCCACUGCCACCUUGGCGUGGGGUGUUAAUUUACCUGCACAUACCGUCAUCAUUAAGGGGACACAGGUAUACAAUCCUGAAAAGGGUCGAUGGGUGGAACUUGGAGCGUUAGAUGUUCUUCAAAUGUUGGGUCGAGCUGGUCGUCCACAAUAUGAUACAAAAGGAGAAGGGAUUCUCAUCACGAAUCACUCUGAACUUCGAUACUAUUUGUCACUGUUGAAUCAACAACUUCCAAUUGAAUCACAACUCAUCCCAAAACUACCCGACUUGUUGAAUGCAGAAAUUGUGAAUGGAUCCAUUCAAACGGUGAAGGACGCGGUGGAGUGGUUAAGCUAUACGUAUUAUUAUGUUCGAAGUAUGAAAGCUCCCCAAACUUACCAAGUUGACGAUGAUGAUAAAUUGUUGACCAACCAUCGGGCAAACAUAAUUCACACGGCUGCCGUUAAACUUGACAAAUGUAGUCUAAUUCGAUACGAUAGAACAAGUGGGUCAUUCGUUCCCACUGAACUUGGACGAAUUGCAUCACAUUAUUACAUCACUUGUGAUACGAUGCAAACCUACAACCAACUAUUGAAACCUCAUCUUAGCGAGAUUGAGCUACUUCGCGUAUUUUCAUUGUCUGGUGAAUUUAGAAACUUGACUGUCCGAGAAGAGGAGAAACUUGAACUGCAAAAACUAAUGGAAAGAGUUCCAAUCCCAAUCAAGGAAAAUGUGGAAGAAGCAUCCGCAAAAGUAUCCAUUCUUCUGCAGGCUUACAUUUCUCAAUUGAAGUUGGAAGGAUUUGCCCUGAUGGCUGACAUGGUUUACGUCACACAAUCUGCUGGACGUCUGGUUCGAGCCAUUUAUGAAAUUGUACUUUCUAGAGGUUGGGCGCAGUUAUCAGAUAAGACGUUAGCACUGGCAAAAAUGGUUGACCGUCGCAUGUGGCAAUCAAUGUGCCCGUUGCGACAAUUUAAGAAAAUCCCGGAAGAAGUAGUCAAGAAAAUAGAGAAGAAAUCCAUCUCGUUUGACCGGCUUUUCGACUUGAAUCCACUCGAACUUGGAGAAUUAAUCAGGAUUCCUAAAUUGGGGAAAACAAUUCACAAGUUUAUUCACCACCUUCCCAAAGUAGACCUUUCCUGCACAAUUCAACCAAUUACUCGAUCAACGUUAAAAGUUGAACUCGCAAUUACUCCUGACUUUGAAUGGGACGAAAAAUUGCACGGCGGUUCCGUCGCAUUUUGGAUCGUGGUUGAAGAUGUCGACUCUGAAGUAGUUUUACAUCAUGAAUACUUUUUACUCAAACAAAAGUUUCGAGCCGAUGAACAUAUUGUCAAAUUCUACGUGCCCAUUUUUGAACCACUCCCUCCACAAUACUUUAUCCGAGUCGUAAGCGAUCGAUGGAUUGGAUCCGAAACACUUUUGCCCGUUUCUUUCCGUCAUUUGAUUCUCCCAGAAAAGAAUCCCCCACCAACGGAACUCUUGGAUUUGCAACCACUUCCCAUUUCCGCUUUGAGAAAUUCCACUUUUGAACUGUUGUACAAGGAAAUGAACCAAUUCAACCCGAUUCAGACCCAAGUUUUCAAUGCAGUGUACAACUCGGAUGAAAAUGUGUUUAUUGGAGCUCCACCUGGCUCAGGAAAAACACUGAUUGCAGAAUUCGCAAUUAUGAGAAUGUUUUCUGCAAGUGGAAAAUCUGGUGAAGAUCAUUGCGUCUACAUCAGCCCAAAAGAGGAACUUGCCGAGAUCAUGUAUAACGAAUGGAGUGAAAAAUUUUCAAAGCUGGGCAAAAAAGUAAUUCUACUCACUGGCGAGACUGGAACUGAUUUGAAGUUGCUAGCAAAGGGAAACGUCGUCAUCAGUACUCCAGAGAAAUGGGACGUCUUGUCACGACGAUGGAAACAAAGGAAAAAUGUUCAGAACGUGAACCUCUUCAUAAUUGACGAUCUCCAACUUUUGGGUGGAGAAGAAGGUCCAAUCGUGGAAAUUAUUUGUUCCCGUAUGCGAUACAUUGCCUCUCAAACUGAGCGACCCAUUCGAAUGGUAUCCUUAUCCACUUCGUUGAGCAAUGCUCGAGAUAUUUCUCAGUGGUUGGGUUGUGCACCAACUCAUACGUUUAAUUUCCACCCCUCCGUGCGACCACUCCCUCUGGAGUUGCAUAUUCAGGGAUACAACAUUUCACACAAUGGGUCCCGAUUAGCAGCAAUGUCAAAACCCGUUUACAACGCGAUAACGCGACUCUCUACUGACAAGCCAGCAGUCGUCUUUGUCCCUUCAAGAAAACAAGCCAAACUGACAGCCAUUGACAUCAUCAGUUAUGCCGAGAUGGACGAAAAGCAGGGAAGAUUUUUGCUUCUGAGUGAAUCCGAAUUGCAGGGAGUAUUUGCAAAAGUCCAAGACGACACGUUGAAGGGAACUUUAGCACAAGGAGUCGCCUAUUUGCAUGAAGGAACUUCCGUACAGGAUCGUCACAUUAUUACGACAUUGUUUCAAUCAGGAGCUAUUCAGGUCGUGGUUGCCACUCGAACAAUGUGUUGGAACAUUAACUUUCACUCACAUCUCGUCAUUAUUAUGGACACUCAAAAUUACAACGGCAAGAUUCAUGCCUAUGAAGAUUACGUUGUAACGGACGUCCUUCGAAUGGUUGGCGUGGCAUGUCGUCCCUUGGAAGAUGAGGAUUCCAAAUGCGUCCUCAUGUGUCAAACUUCGAAGAAGGAGUUUUUCAAGAAAUUCUUACAUGACCCUCUCCCCGUGGAAAGUCAUUUGGACCAUUGUCUCCACGAUCACUUCAAUGCAGAAAUUGUGACAAAGACAAUUGAAAAUAAACAGGAUGCCGUUGACUACUUGACUUGGACGUUCCUAUAUCGCAGAAUGACGCAAAAUCCUAACUAUUACAACUUGCAAGGAGUAACUCAUCGUCACUUGUCAGAUCAUUUGUCAGAAGUUGUCGAAAAUACAUUGAACGAUUUGGAGCAAUCUAAAUGUAUCUCAAUCGAAGAGGACAUGGACAUUAGCCCACUCAAUUUGGGAAUGAUUGCUGCAUAUUACUACAUCAAUUACACGACUAUUGAAUUGUUCAGCAUGUCCUUGACUGCUAAAACUAAACUGAGAGGACUUUUGGACAUUGUGAGUUCAUCCUACGAGUACUCCACGCUGGCAAUUCGUCAUCACGAAGACAACGUGUUGCAAGCUUUGGCAACUAAACUACCAAACAAGCCAUCAUCUUCCAGUGCUCAGAUCAAGUUUACGGAUCCCAAUGUCAAAGCAAAUAUUUUGCUUCAAGCUCAUCUUUGCCGAAUUCAGUUGAGUGCUGAACUUCAACAAGAUACAGAAUUGGUUUUGAGCAAGGCUGUUCGACUCAUUCAAGCGUGCGUUGAUGUUCUCAGUUCUAAUGGGUGGCUCUCACCUGCCGUUGCAUCUAUGGAGUUUGCUCAAAUGGUAACGCAGGCAAUGUGGGCAAAGGACUCUUACUUGAAGCAAAUUCCGCACUUUACUGCAGACACCAUCAAGAAAUGUACAGAAAAGAAAGUGGAAACCAUUUUCGACCUCAUGGAGCUGGAGGAUGAAGACAGAAAUAAAGUUCUUCACGGAUUGUCUGCAACCCAGAUGAGUGACGUUGCCCGCUUCUGCAAUCGCUACCCCAACAUUGAAUUGACUUACGAGAUUGAUAACAAGGACAAGGUUAAAACGGGAUCCAGUGUUAAUGUCAUGGUUCAGUUGGAGCGUGAGGAUGAAGUCACGGGUCCAGUCAUUGCACCAUUUUUCCCUCAUAAACGAGAAGAAGGUUGGUGGGUGGUGAUUGGAGAUCCGAAGAGUAACUCUUUACUUUCCAUUAAACGACUGACUCUUCAACAAAAGGCGAAAGUUAAGCUCGACUUUAUCGCACCAAGUCCAGGAGAGCAUCAUUACACGCUGUACUACAUGAGUGAUGCAUACAUGGGAUGUGAUCAAGAAUACAAAUUUUCCAUCAAUGUCCGCGGUGGCCGAGAUCGGAGAAAUGAUUCCGAGUCCGAUUAGAAAAGAUAUUUCAUGGUCAACUUUUACUUCAUAUUACUUUUACGUAGUUGAUGGACUUUAUUGUUAUUAGAUUCGUCUUAAAAAUUAUUGGACUUGUUCCAAAUAACUUAUUAUGUAUUUUGUAUAUUAAAUCGUUUGUUUUAUCUGUUUUCAAACAUCUUGAUAAUUUGAUAAGUAAAUAAAUAAAUAAAUUCUAACUAGAAAA